AUGGAGGUCAGCCAUAAAUCCGCCCCUCCCUCUGUGAAGCGCUGGCAGCUGGACGGGACAGACCACGGACCCCCCCAUCUGAGGUCCGGGGCCCUUCUCAGCAGCUGGACUCCUCUCAACCACAAGCAGAGCAACAGAAAGUUAUUUGAGGAGCGGGUGAACCUUGUGCUCCACUGGUUUGACCUUUGGACCGAUGUCCAGAGGAAACACCUUCUGCACUCCCUCCUGACCCGCAGCACCAAGUCCCAACUUAAGUACUGCAGGGACCUCCUGACGGGAACGGUUCCGGUCACCCGGGCGGACUUCGCCGUGCUGCUACCUCGGUUUCUGACCCUUUACGUCAUGUCCCACCUCUCCCCCCUGGACCUCUGCAGAGCAGCCCAAGUCAGCUGGCAGUGGAGGGUCCUAGCGGAGCAGGACUGUCUCUGGAUAGGUCGGUGCGUCAGGAGAGGCUGGUUUCUUCCCUACACCCCCAGGGAAAAAGAGUUCGGAGCCUGGAAGAACCACUACGUGACCUGUGUCUCCUCGAUGAACUUGCCCCCACCACGUGAGGCCUCGAUACCAUAUGGGGGCCUCGACCAGCCUCAAAGCAGGCGUUGGACAGAGGAGGAGGAAGAGAGGAGGACGGAGAGAAGAAUAAGGGAGAAAACCAGAGAAAAACUCCAGGAGAUGAAGAGACUAGCCAUGAGAAGCAGAGGACCGUGGGGCAGUAAUCCAAAGGCUAACAGGGCCAGAGGCGGAAGUAAACAGACGGAAAGGACCGGCUUGGGGAUAACAUUCGGCUCUCUGCCUUCUCUUUCGUGGCCUCCAAGGACUACUGUGUCAUCUAUCCUUGGUCUCAAUCUGGACAGAGAACCAGCUCAUAGCCUGGACAGAGAACCAGCUCAGGGCCUGGACAGAGUCCAGGCGUCCAGCGUUAGCAGGUUCUCGCAGCCGGACAGAGCCUCGUCCUGUGAUUACCCACCUCCUGCUCUUUUGAUGCUCCUCUCCAACAAAAUCCCUGCCUACGAGUUGGUGCUUAGCGGUUUGAAGGCCGGGGUCAUUGUGGUCCUGUACGACUGCAGGGGAACUCUCUCGGCUUUGUUAAGCCGGGUGGAGAGAGCCACUUUGGGGAAGCAAAUUCAGAGGAUCGGCAUUCUGGCUCCGGGAGGAACCGAGGAAAUCCGGCUUCUGAACGAGAGUACCGUGCUGACCCCUGACCACAGAGAGUUUUGGGAAAAACUGGCCGGCCGGGUGGCGCCGACGGAAGAGGGGGGCGGGAUGGACGUCUUCUGCCCACUGGCUGCAUCUGCAUCAGGUGUGACCCUCAUCCGUGCUCUCUCUGCUCUGACCGGUCUGGAAGUCCGCGCCCCAGUAGGUCUCGACACAGGAAGUUUCCAGAGCAUUCUGGGCGAGUGGUCAGACGCCGAGCUCUCGGAGCAGCACCAGCAGCAGGGGGGGCCGGCGGGGGCUCCGGCCCGGCUGUACGUGUGGGACGCCGCCCUGCAAGGCUGGUGCCGACAGGCGCUGUGGAUGGAAGAAGCUCUGAGGGAGCUGAGGAGCUCCCUGGAGCCACGGCUCUGGCCUCUGGCCAGCCUCCAGGCCAGAGGCCGAGCUCUGGGUUUUUGUCUGUGGGAGAGAAUCUCCCUUGACAAGCUCGAUGUAUCCAAAGAACUCGGUGACGCACUAACUGAGGGACUCACUGCUUUAUGUGGACAGGAAGAGGAGACCAGACCUGUUGAAUUUUUGGCGUCCUUCUUGAUGAAAUGGAGUCAAAAUAAGGAAGAAGGGGAUAAUAACGACCCGGAUAAACCCCAAAACGCAGCGGGCGAUGAGGCAUCUUCGGCAAAACUGAUUUCCGGCCUAUACGGCUCAGUGCCCGAGCUCCCACAGACGGCGUUAGAUUGGAGAGGCGAAGUCGUAAGAGAGCUGCACAAGAGUGAACGUGACUACCUGGGAAGGCUAAGCGCUUUGUUGAAGGUGUACCACGAGCCUAUAAAAGCAGCGCUCGACUCCAACAGAGCCAUCCUCAGUUAUGCUGACAUCCAGAUUAUCUUCAGCCCCGUUGCCCAAAUUCUCAAUCUGAACAGGACCUUUGAGGCGGAUUUAGUGACCAGGCUGGAGCAGUGGAGCGCGGACCAGUGUGUUGGAGACGUGUUUCUCAAGCUCUCCUCGAAACUGAGGGUCUACUCCAACUACCUAAACAACUACGCCACGGCCCUGAAGACCGUAGAUAAGUGCAGAGACACGAAACCAAAAUUCCGGGCUUUUCUGAAGAUGGCUGAUAGAACUCUGGCUACCCAAAUGUUGAGCCUCCAGGAGCUGCUGCUCUCUCCGGUGUGGAGGAUUCAGGAGUAUGUGACCCUGCUUCAAGCCCUGUCUUUACACACACCCCCCCAUCACCCAGACCGCGCGCACCUCCGCUCCGCCCUGGACACCAUGUCACAGUUCAGACGCUCGGAGGCAGACCGGCUAAUAGAGGAAACGCAGCAACAGAUUCAGGGCUGUCCGAGCCUUAGAGAAGGAAACAGGCAGCUGAUAAUAACUCAGGAUGUGGAGUUGCUCAGGAGCCCUGACGAACAAGUUCCAGACUGCCUAAGGACCUAUGAGCGAGUGUCUGACGUGGGCCUGUUCCUUUUUAGCGAUGCUCUGGUGGUGACGCUAAAAAACACGCGCCAUACACCGUUCACACUCUCCCACCGAAGCACACACACUUUUCUGGCCUCCGUGGCUCUAACCUGCCUGACCGUCAGAGAGAUCGUGCACUCACAGUAUGUGCGCCACGCAUUCGUCCUGGAGGGCCCGGUCCGGUCUUGGGCUUGUUCCACCGAUCGAGGAGAGGACAAAGCUGAAUUCCUUUCUGCUCUGCGGGCAGCCAUAAGUUCUGCUCUCACCGAACACGAGUGACAUGGGGAUCGUGAUUGGACGGCGAUAUGUUAUCAGCAACAGGACCCAUAUAAAGCUGUCAG